GAGGCUCUAUGCUCUGCUAUUGACAUUCAGCACCAAUGCACUACAGUAUUAGAGUGAGAGAGAGCAGAUACCUAACACACAGCGCAGAGGCACAACAACUUUUCUGCAGAGCAUCUAUGCCAAGACCUACUGCGCCCUCUUACCAGUCAGGAUAUUGGAUAUCAGGGCACGCCAGCAGUCUUUGAAUGCUAUCGCUUUGCAGCUUUAUGUAAAGUUUAAAGAGACUGAACAAAAAAAAAGACGUGUACAAACUGUGACUGUGUCAAACUUGCGAUUUGAAGAGAAUUUUGGGGUACGUCGGAGAAUUCAGGGACAGUUUCAGUGACGUCAGUCGCAUCUUAAAGUAAGGAUGUUGCUGUCUCACUGGUAUAUUACGUUGGUCUUGUUCCCUGUUUGUUUGAGAGGCCAAAAAUUGCCAACAAGAGAUGAAGAACUGUUCCAGAUGCAGAUCAAAGAUAAAGCUUUGUUCCAUGAUUCAUCUGUAAUUCCUGAUGGAGCUGAGAUCAGUGGUUAUCUCUUUAGAGAUAACCCUAAAAGAUAUUUUUUUGUGGUAGAAGAAGAUAACACUCCUCUAUCAGUCAUUGUCACACCAUGUGAUGCACCUCUAGAGUGGAAGCUUACUUUACAGGAACUACCCGAGGAAGCUAGUGGGGAAGGAUCAGGUGAGCCUGAACCACUAGAGCAGCAAAAGCAGCAGAUUAUGAAUGAAGAAGGCACAGAAUUGUUCUCUUAUAAGGGUAAUGAUGUGGAAUACUUUGUAUCUACAAAUUCACCAUCUGGUUUGUAUCAGCUGGAAUUAAUUUCAACAGAAAAGGACACACAUUUUAAAGUUUAUGCCACAACAACACCAGAAUCUGAUCAGCCCUAUCCAGAAUUACCGUAUGACCCUAGAGUGGAUGUAACGUCACUUGGAAGGACCACUGUCACCCUGGCAUGGAAACCAACACCUACGUCCUCCAUAUUAAAACAGCCUAUCCAGUACUGUGUUGUUAUUAACAAGGAACACAACUUUAAAAGUCUUUGUGCAGUUGAAGCUAAAAUAAAUGCUGAUGAUGCGUUCAUGAUGGCCCCUAAACCUGGCUUAGACUUUAGUCCCUUUGACUUUGCUCAUUUUGGGUUUUCAUCUGAGAACGAUGCUAGUAAAGAUCGAAACUUCAUGUCAAAGACCUUAUCCACAAAGUUUGUCCGUCAGAUGACGACAAAACCAAAGGAUGAUCUUCAGAAGCUUUGCAUUGGAAACAAAAAUAUAUUUACAGUGUCUGAUCUGAAACCUGACACCCAGUACUACUUUGACGUGUUUGCAGUUAACUCUGCUACAAAUAUGAGUACUGCUUACGUCGGGACAUUUGCUCGAACCAAAGAAGAAGCAAAGCAAAAAACUGUGGAGCUAAAGGAUGGGAAAGUUACCGAUGUGUUUAUCAAGAGAAAGGGUGCUAAAUUCUUAAGGUUUGCUCCAGUUUCAUCUCACCAAAAAGUCACCUUUUCAGUUCACUCAUGCUUGGAUGCGAUCCAAAUCCAGGUCAGAAGGGACGGGAAACUGCUUUUGUCACAGACUGUGGAAGGUGUACGUCAGUUUCAGCUAAGAGGAAAACCAAAAGCAAAAUAUUUGAUCAGGCUUAAAGGUAGUAAAAAAGGUGCCUCCAUGCUAAAGAUAUUGGCAACUUCAAAGUUCAACAAACAACCAUUUCCUUCUCUGCCUGAAGAUACAAGAAUCAAAACAUUUGACAAAUUACGCACGUGCUCCUCAGUCACAAUAGCAUGGUUGGGAACACAAGAAAGAAAUAAGUACUGUGUAUAUAAAAAAGAGGUGGAUGACGACUACAGCGAAGAGCAAAAGAAACGAGAACAAAACCAGUGUUUGGGUCCUGACACCAGAAAGAAAUCAGAAAAAAUCCUCUGCAAAUACUUCUACAGUCAGAACCUGCAUAAAGCAGUCACCACAGAGACAAUAAAAGGCCUCGAGGCUGGGAAGUCUUACAUGUUGGAUGUCUAUGUCAUGGGUCACGGAGGCCAUUCAGUCAAAUAUCAAAGCAAAGUCAUAAAGACAAGAAAGUUCUGUUAGAAUCCCAUGUGAACUCAUGUGUGAAAUAUAUCCUAUGAUGGCCAUACUGACUGACUACUUGUGCAGUAGAGAGCUUGUGACCUGUCAAGUACACAAUAUCUAAAGUGGUGUAGAAUGGCAUCAACUUGUAUACUUCUGUUUACAUAUCGAAGUGGUUGCUUGUAAGUGGCUACCCUGCUGCUUCUCUGGAAGAGACAAAUAUCAUGUCUAAGGCACAAUAUCAGACUCUCGGUAGAUGAAGUAAUAAUAAUAACUAAUGGAGAACGAAGAAGAGACAAUUUCAGUUGCAUCACCCAGUGCAUGAACUGCUUCUAAAUUAUUUUACUAAAUACAUGGCCGAGGCAAGUCCUCUGGCUUUAUUCAUACUCACAUAAAUCCAAUCUAGAGAUAAUAGACUAUCUGUAAAUUAUUUUAUAAAGUCUUGCCUAAAAUGUUUAUGUUCUGUCACUGUACACUGCAAAAUCAUUCCUUGGUAACUACAAAUUGAUCUUAAGUAUUAACUGGAGCUUUCCGUUUCUCGUCAAAUCCUUGGCUAUUGUACAUUCCUACUAGACAGGUUUAUUUUUUAAAUAUGUAUUGUAUGUAUAAAGUUGUCAAACAUAUAUCCAUGUACAUAAAAAAUUCAAAGUACAAGAUUCUAUAUUUUUUUGUUUACCCAGUGUCUGACAUACUAAUUCAAGACCGAGACUGAAGUUUGUAUGUAAACAUUCUGUUCACUUGUUUUAUUGUUGUAUGCCAGUUUGUGUGCAAAGCAUAUAAAUCUAUAAUAUAGUUAUAUUAAACAGAUAUAUAUACAUGAUAAAUGUAAAGAAAUCACAUAGCAGGAAGAAAAUAGACUACAGAGCACAAGGCAGACAUUUGUUUUGUGGUUGGUCUCAAAGAAACACAUUCAAAAGGGCCACCCAGUAUAAAGGGCAGCAUAAAAAAGAGAUAAAACACACAGAACUGACAGCACUUUGUAGUCUAAUCCACAAUACUAUGCAGUUCAACCUUUUCAAGGUGCUGUUGUGAUGACAAGAUGUUAUUAAUGGGAGGCAUUGUAUUUCUUUCUAUAGGCAGUACAGAAACUGGCUAAAUGUUGGCGUUACAUUGUAUCACUCAACAGUACAAUUUUGUAAGAUACUAUAUAAACAGAAGGCAUGAUGCAGCAUAAGCACCGACAUCAUACAAUCAAUCUGAACCAGAAAUGGGAAGCAGAUGAGUGAUAUAUAAAUGGUUUUAACAUAAAAAAAAAUUUAAACCACAGACAUUAUAAUUUUUUUUUUUUAACAAGUGGCAAAUAUUUAGUUUACUGCCCUAGCGCUCUCUCUACCUACCUAGACCAAGGUAGUGUGACUCAUUGGUCUAUCCCAGCUUUGCCCCUGGUGAUAACAUUAUAAAUACGCUAAGUAUAAAUAAAGCGGACAAUAGACAUGAUGCAAUAGUGAACUAAAUUGUUAGACUCUACCAAGAAAGCAUGUUUAUUCUCUAGAACUGGAAAGAUAUAAGCAGCACAAAAAUAAUAAUAAAUACUGUAAGAUACUAUAAAGAAUACUAUAAAGAUACUAUAAAAUAAAUUGCAUAUCCAAUAUGUGCAAUCUAUUGCCCCAAUCAGCAUCAGGUAUCAGGAGAUCCAUAAGUCCCCAUUCACAUCACUUUUUUUUGAAUACCAGCAAAAGAUAUUCUAACAUACACCACAGUAUAUCCAUGGUGCACUCAUUGACUCAUUGAGUUUAAUAAACUCAACAAAGCCUAAGGCUAUGUUCACACAAUGUAUUUCAGGCAUAUAUUAUCUAAAAAAAAAUGAUAUUUGUUUUUGCUAAAUUAAUGUGCUCUUUGUAAGUCUUAAGGAAAGUGGUUGUCUGUUCACAAAGUAUAAAUGUGUAUAUAUAUAUAUAUAUAUAUAUAUAUAUAUAUAUAUACAUUUACGGGCAUGACUGUAUAGAUAAGCUGGUCUAUUUUUUGCAUCCCUAAAAUAAGUGACCUGUAUUAUAAUAGACUAUACUUCGUUUCUUAAACUCAAUGGGCAGGCCACAGGAAUGUUGUGGUAUACAUAAGAACUCUCUUUUGCCACAAUCCUGACAUAUACCGGUGAUGUAUCCUCAAAAUGUGGUGUGAAUGAGGCAUAGGCUGCUAUGCUUAAUAUAAUGUUAGUUUUAUCAGAAUUAUCGGCAAAUAGCAAAGCUCUAUGGGCAGCUUUACUGUAUCAGCUAGUCAAUUUCUGAUCAGAUGUGCGUUUUAGAAUCUUGAAGUAUUUCUGUACAAAUGUCACUAUCUUUGUAUUCAUUUCUUAUUUUCAUGGUUGUCUUUUUUCUUUUUGUAUUUGCUACUUGUGUAAAAAUGUGUGAUUACAAAGUUCUCAUAUUUCAAAUAUGUAAAAUAAAUGAUACAUUUAUUUAUAGUGUUUAACAUUUUAUUCAUAUGGUGGUUAUUAGUCAAAGUCAGAACAGCUGAGAAGUCCUUGGUUGCAUAUAU